UUUACUAUUUUACAAACUGUCAAAAAAAAAUGUCUGAAAUCUCGCCGCAACAACUCAAUUCAAAAUGUUUAAAAGAAAAUUUAACAAUUUCAUUGCAAAUUAUUCAAAAAUAUCGAUGGUUAAUUGAUACUUACGUUUUGGACUUUUACGUAGAGAAUCAUUGGUCCAAAUUACCAAAAUCAUGGCAAAACCACUUGGAACCAUUGGAUCCUCAUGAAUUAGCCAAUAUUCUAAGUGGCAACAACGAGGCCACCUCGGUAAGACCACUGUCAAUACUUUGUCUCAUGUCUCUCAUGAAGAAAUUAUGUAUUUCGAGAGAUGUCGUCGAGUGUAAUACAAAUUUAGGGCAAACUACCGCUAAACAAUUCAUCUUGGAACAUCCAAAGUUGAAAAAUCUUUUCACAAAAUGUGUGAAACCUAAAAAACGACAUGAGAUAGCUUUGAUGGCAAACGUCUGCUCUCAAAGUGUUGUUGACAAUUGCGUUGAUUUUGUUGUUGAUUUCGGAGCUGGUUUAGGACACUUGGCCAGAGUUCUUGGCUAUGCUUAUGGCGUUCAAGUCUGUUGUCUAGAAAUGCAAGAUUCUCUCAAUGACCAAGCAAGAGUAAUUGAUUCCCAAUUCGAGGUUAUUGCCUCCAAGUUCCUUUCGCUGGAACAAAGACAACACUUCCGUCGGCCAGUUCAUGUGGCAAUGAAACUAACAAGUUCCUUGUCACCUGAAGAAUUUGUCAAUCAAAUUGCCAACGCUUUAGGAAUGUCUGAAAAUUGUCCAUUUUCAUUUGGAAUCAUUGGACUACAUCCAUGUGGUGAUUUAGGAGCAAUUCUUAUACAAAUGUUCCUCAAUUGCAAACAAGCAAAGUUCCUUAAUUUCGUUGGUUGUUGUUACAUGAAACUAUCAACUGGAACAACUAAUCCAGGCUAUCCACUAAGUGACUUUCUAAAAAACGAAAUAAAGACUUCGUCGAUUCUGAGUUAUGAGUCGCGAGAAAUAGCUUGUCAUGCAGCUGAAGUCUAUUGUGAUCGAUUAAGUAAUGAAUUGUAUGAAGAUUUGAAAGUUCAUUCCUUCAGAGCUACAAUAGAGAAGAUAUUUGUCAAAUAUUGGCCAGAAUUAAAACACUCGGGCUUGAGGAGUGUUAAACAUUCCAAGGGAAUGAGUUUUGAUGAUUAUGUUAAACGAGCAACUAAUGGGUUGAAUAUUAACGUCCCCGUUGAAGACAUCCACUCGGAAACAACCCAAAAUGACCUAAGUCAAUGGAAGCGUAUUGUGAUCUUUUAUACCAUGCGGCUUCUAUUUGCUCCAUUGGUAGAGACUGUCGUUCUUUAUGAUCGAAUUUUGUACCUGAAGGAAAAAGGACUUUCGGUAAGCAUCGCUGCAAUAUUUGAUCCUCGUCUAUCUCCAAGGAAUCACAUUACUCGUGCAACAAAACAAUGACUCUUUAUGGAUUAUUUUAAUUUUUUCUUUUAUUUUAUUUAUCUCCUAGGAGGAGGAAUGUUUAAUAAAUUAGUUUUUUUUUUUUAUUUACA